CGCUGUGAUGAUGCACUUAUAACAAGGGGGGAAAAGUUAGCAACUUGGCAUGAGCCAUGAGGGCACCUCCAAACGGAGUUUUGGUAUAAAAAAAAUUCUGAUAUCAAAGUAAAGUAUCCUUCGAAACGUAAAACACGUUCAUUUCUUUUGCUGCCCAAUCCUUAUCUAAAGAAGCUUACAGGAGACAUCAUCCCUUGAACAUCUCAUUUUUUCUUUCCUGCACUUUCUAUGGGGAUUAUAUGGGUGGAGGUCUGCUUGAUAUCUGCACAUGGACUCCAGCUUUCAACCUCACUUUGGAAGCGUCAAUGGUUUGCUGUUGGGUGGAUUGAUCAUAAUAGCAAAUAUUGCACCAAAGUUGUUAAUUCUGGGAAUGCAAAUCCUGUAUGGAGAAUCAAGUUUGUCAUUCCUGUUGAUGACUCGGUGUCAAACAUCCAAGAUUUGGCACUGAACGUGGAAGUUUACAGUAUAGACCCCGUUUUCUUCACGGAAAAGCUUCUAGGCUCAGCAACAGUUUUUCUGAGAGAGUUUCUUGUCAAGCGGGUAAAGAAUUCUGAGGUGUCAAAACCUAGGCAAAAGGAAGUUGGAAGCUACCAAUUACGAAAGAAAAAAUCCAGCAAACCAAGAGGUUUCAUUGAUAUUUUAAUUCGUAUUUCUGACAAAAAGAAAGAGCCAAAUUCCCACCCAGGUAGCAAGGAAGGAAUUUUGCUCUUAGAUGAUGGUGAUGGUACCCAGUUGACCAUAGAGGAAGGAAUAAGGCAAGUCUAUCCACAGAAGCCCCAAGUUUCAAUUCAUCAGCCAGAAAAAGAUCAUGUACAAACAAAUGUCCCAGACUACCAUUCAGUGCCAUUCGCCACUACAGACUAUUAUGAUCCAUAUGUGGGUGAAGCAAGCAACCAUGAGAUGGGUGAACCAAGCUACCAUGAGGUGGCUGGACCAAGCUAUCUACUGCCUAGAACAAUAACGCCUCCUCCACCACCCCCACCAUCAAAUGUUGGCUAUAUUCCAACUUUUCUCCCAAGAAAUGAUGGCUUGUCUCCAAGCUACACAGAGAUGUCAACAUCCAGGGAAGCUCCUGGUCAGAGGGUACCUGCAGGAGUUGCAAUGGGGUUAGGUGCUGGAGCACUAGCUGCUGGUGCUAUAAUAUUUGGUGAUGACUUCAUGUCAGGAUUUGAUGUUCCUCCGGGCAUAGGAGAUUCUAGCUUCAACAGAGGAAUUGAUCCUGCUUUCUGAUCAAGCAUUGAUCAGCUUUAAGUAAUUGUAUUUGGCUGAACACAGCAUACCAGCAAAACCUACAUGUCAUUGUAAUAGGUUCCACUUUCACAUUCUUAAGUAUAAUUCUGUUAAAAAAAAUGCUGAGUUUCUUUGAUAUGAUAGGGCUGAAAGAUAAAGUUGUUUACUACA